AUAUAUCAAAAUAUAUGUCCUCCCAUCUUCGAGUGCAACAGAAUGCCAGUAGACCAGAUUCAGUAUUCUGAAAAGUACAAUGAUGAUAGAUAUGAAUACAGGCAUGUAAUACUGCCAGUUGAUAUAGCCAGACAUGUUCCAAAGACUCAUCUCAUGACAGAAACCGAAUGGAGAAAUUUAGGAGUUCAACAGAGUCCUGGAUGGGUUCAUUAUAUGAUGCAUGGACCAGAACCACAUGUUUUAUUAUUUCGCAGAAUGAGACCUGAUCUUGUGACAGCACCUAGAUGUACCACUUUACAAGGAGAACCUAUUACUUGUUAUAAUUGAAUCUGAUGUGAUAAUCUAAUGUGAGAUGAUAUGAAUGAAAAUGAGAUAUCCGUUGAUAUAAGAUUGUAUUCUACCAUAUUUAUAAGUAUUUAUUAAUAGUUAAAAAUUAUAAGCAUCAGAAUAUAUUAUAUUUUAUCGUCCCCAUCUACAUCUU